AUGAGAUACUUCACGCCAGCCCUUCUGCUCGCCUCGGCCCUCCUCGUCGGCAUUAACGGUGCUCCGGCGGGGAACGAUGUUGUCCAACGGGACUUAGGCGAACUCGGUGCCCAGGCGGACGUGCCUCAGAUUAAUGCCCCCGUCGCUGUGGCUGCUGUUGAACAGCCCGAGACCGCGCUAGCCGCUGGUCCUGAUGAGCCGCGUAUCAAAGAACGACAGGUUCUAAAGAAACUCGCCAAGCUCCUCGGCGGCGGCAAGAAGAAGAAGAAGAAGAAGGCGAAGGCGGCCAAGGCGGCCAAGGCGAAGGCGAAAGCGGCCACCCCACCUGCAAAGGGAAAGGUCAACACUCCACCUGCCAAAGCUCAACCGCCUCCGGCCAAAGCGCAACCGCCCCCGGGCAAAGCAUCGGCGCCUGCUGCUGCUCCUCCACCCGCUGCCCCCCCGGCCGCGCCGAAAAAGGCUGGCGCUGCCGCCGCCGGAGCCGGAGCCGCUGCGGCCGGUGCUGCCGGUGCUGCCAAAGGUAACCCCAACCAAGCUGCAAAACCCGUCCCACCUGCUCCUGUUCCCGCUGGCGCAAUUGUGGCCGGCUCAAAACCCAAUGCUCCGGCCGGUGGAACGCCCAAGGCGGGCAGUAACACAAAAGAUCCGAAGGAUCCAGCCCCUGCCCCAGCCGGAGCUCUCGUGGCUGGUGCCCUCGCUGGAGGUGUGACAAAUGGGAACAAGCCUGGAGCUGCUCCUCAGACACCUCCCAAGCCUCAGACGCCUCAGAAUCCCCCAGCACCGCAGUCAUCUCCAAAGCCCCAAACACCACCCUCUAAGCCUGCUGGAAGUGGCGGUUUACCCCUCGCUGUUCCCGGUAGAAACACUCAAUGA